AUGCUGCCCGAGUGCCAGGGCCCGAUAUGGCAGGUUGAUGAUAUCACGAAUUGUGUGCAGAGGAAUUUUUUAAAAAUAUUAUUUCCAUUGAUCGUUGUCGGCGCCUCGUUCUUACUUCUAGUAUCACAAGCUAUCCAGCGCAACGUCCGGUUAAAACGGAGCUCCAAGAGCAAAGCAUCUGCGAAUGGAAGGAGUGCAUACGGCAUUACAAAUGGGCAGCAGGGACCGACAUAUCAACAGGUACCUGGAGACGCUGAGGGUUCUAUAAGUGCAGACGAGGAGGAUGACGGGUUGACCAUUAGUGGGGGGCGACUCGUCUUGACGAAAACCACGACGAAAGGCUCUGUCGCUGCAAUCGACGCGCCCCGAGCUCAAUAUACUGUUCUGGUCAUCGAGUUACUUGCUAUCUUAGCUGUAGAUGGUAUCAAUAUCGCCGCCUUCAUUCUGCAAGCAUAUGGCCCCAAUGGAACACUGGCGACUGUUGCUGGAAUCACAACUUGGUCGUAUAUAUUGAUAUUGGCUGUUCUUAGGCUGGCAUUGUCUAAGACAACAUGGCGUGUGCCUGGGGUAUGGAACCACACAGCAUCUCUAUAUACCUUGAUGUGGUUGUUGUCCUUGGUCAUUUUCCGGUCGGCCAUUAUCCAUCCGCGAUCAGGAACUGCUCAGGCUCUGGUUAUAUCCGAGUUUGCCCUGAUAUCUCUACUUUUUAGCAUAGCGAUCACGACACGAAAAGGAAACAAGGCGGUAGUGUUGGAAUGGGAAAACGACAUUGAGCCAUCCAAAGAGCCACUUGCCAGUCUGUUCUCCAUUGCAACUUUCGGAUGGGUUGACUCGAUUGUUUGGCAAGGAUACCAGAAGACUUUCGAGCUUGCCGAUGUGUGGAACUUGCUCCCAAAAGACAAAGCUGCUUCAAUUUUGGCCGACUAUCGACAGCUCAAAAAGACAACUGCUUUGACUUGGCAUCUCAUGAGGUACUUCAAAGUUAGCGUUAUUAUUCAGUGCAGUUACGCAGUAUUUGCAGCCCUGUUUGUAUUUGCGCCAACACUGCUACUCAAAGCGAUCCUCGAGUAUAUUGAAGAUCCUGAUAGCGCACCACGAAACGUAAUUUGGCUCUACGUUAUCUUGCUUGCAUUUACCGACAUUCUUCGAUCACUCGCAGAUCAGCAAGCUCUAUGGGUUGGUCGCAAAAUCUGCAUUCGGCUACGAGCAAUCAUCAUUGGUGAGAUUUACGCAAAAGCUCUUCGUCGAAAAGUUGCAGCUGGGAAUGAUACGGUCUUAGGCGAGAAGAAGGACCUGAAAGACAAAGCUGAUUCAGCAAAGCCUGGCAUGUUCAAAAGACUUCUGACUCUGGGGAGAAAGAAGGAAGAGACCAAGAAACUCACUGCAGAUCCGGCCACAGGGUCCGAGAAUGCUGGUCCUGAUUUGAAUAAGGGAGACGAGCAGGUCAAUGUCGGGACAAUCAUCACCCUAAUGUCUGUCGAUUCAUUUAAGGUCAGCGAAGUCACUUCGUACUUACAUUUCCUCUUCGCACAAGCACCUACGCAACUCGUUGCAGCGGUCUAUCUUCUCUACAGCAUUCUUGGAUAUAGUAGUAUGCCUGGUAUCGUUAUCAUGGUCAUCCUCCUCCCUGUCAACAUUGCCUUCGCAAGAGCAUUCGGUGGCGCUCAAAAGAAAAUCAUGGCAGCUACGGACAAGCGAAUCCAUACAACAAACGAGGUCCUCCAAAACAUUAGAAUUAUCAAAUUUUUCGCUUGGGAACACCGAUUCAGCAAGCUUGUCAAUGAGAAGCGAAAAGCUGAGCUCAAAGCUCUACGUGGGAAAUAUAUUAUCUGGGCUUUCGCAGUUGCUGUCUGGAACACUGUUCCCGUCGCCAUCACGUUUUUCUCCUUCGUGGUAUACACUUUGAUCGAGAAGAAGCCGCUCUAUCCUUCGGUCGCGUUCACGGCAAUCUCGCUGUUUACAAUUCUUCGCGUACCGUUGGACCAGCUCGGCGACAUGAUUGCACAUGUGCAGGAAUGUAAGGUUUCCGUCGACCGUGUAGAAGAGUUCUUGAACGAAGAUGAAACAGAGAAAUACGAGCAGCUUCAACAUCCCAACCUGGAUGAUGAUGGAAACCAAAUGAUCGGCUUCAGGAAUGCAGCCUUUUCUUGGGGUGCCAAGGAAGAUCCAAUGGAGGAGAACACCUCUUCUGCGUUCCGCCUCAUGGACAUGGAUAUUAAGUUCAAGAUUGGCCAGUUGAACAUCAUUGCUGGUCCGACAGGUUGCGGCAAAACGUCCCUUUUAAUGGCUCUGCUAGGAGAAAUGACCCUCAUCAAGGGCAAAGUCUUCUUACCUGGCGGUUACAGCCGUGAGGAUGUUAGGCCAGAUCCCGAGACUGGCUUGACAGAGAGCGUCGCAUACUGUGCUCAACAGGCUUGGCUUGUCAACGCCAACAUCAAAGAGAACAUUCUCUUUGCAGCACCCUUGGACGAGAAGCGGUACAAAGAUGUCAUCGUUGCCUGCGCUCUUGAACGUGAUCUUGAGAUCCUCGAUGCCGGCGAUGAGACGCUUGUUGGUGAGAAGGGUAUCACCCUUUCGGGAGGUCAGAAGCAACGUAUCUCUCUUGCAAGAGCACUGUACUCGAAUUCUAGACACGUUCUUCUGGAUGACUGUCUCAGCGCGGUUGACUCGCAUACUGCGAAAUGGAUAUUCGACAAUUGCAUUCGCGGUCCUCUCAUGCACGGCCGAACAUGCAUCUUAGUAACACAUAAUUUGGCUCUUUGCGUACCGCAAUCUCGAUAUGUUGUCCUCCUUGACAACGGCAGAAUCGACGUUCAAGGCUCUGCUGAGGAAGUCAUCGCAACUGGCAAGCUUGGUGAAGAUGUCAACAAGUCCAGACCUGGAUCUGCCGCGAUCUCGAGAAUGCCAUCUCGAGUACCAUCCAGUGUCGGCGACGAAAGUGGCGAUACUCUCGUUGGGGAAAUUGAGGCUGCCAACGGUGGUGGGAAUCGCAGGCUAUCCAGAGCUAAGAGCAUCGAUAAGGGUGCCAAAAAGGCUGUCAAGGACGCGAUGCAAGAGACUAAAGCCGAAGGAGGCGUGAAAUGGGCUGUGAUAAUUCUCUACUUGAAGUCCAUGGGCCCCUGGUGGUUUUGGGUUCUCGCUGUCGUCGUUUUUGGUGUCCAGCAGUUCGGAAGCUUGGCAGCCAAUGUCUGGAUCCGGGAAUGGGCAAAUCAGUACGAAACGGAAGCCAUACGAGCACAUCAUACAGUCUCUCCAAGCAGCUAUGUUGGCAAUACGAUUUCCAUGGUCCGAGUUGCGAGUACCCGAGUUGCUCAAGUUCAGCCAUACUUCGAUCCCAACAAGACCUCUAUCUUCUCUAGAAUUGCCCCCAAUGUCGAUGUAUCAUUCUAUCUUACAGUAUAUGCUUUGAUCGGCGUAGCUAGUAUGCUCGUUGCACUCUUCAGGGAUAUGUGGCUGUUCUUUGGUGCCCUUACAGCUAGUUGGAAAAUUCAUCAGCGCUUGAUGGAAUCUGUGACGCGAGCAAAGUUUAAGUUCUUCGACGUCACACCUCUUGGUCAACUUAUGAAUCGAUUCAGUAAGGAUCUCGAAGCGGUGGAUCAAGAGGUUGCCCCUGUCGCCAUUGGAUUCAUGACUUGCGUGCUGGCAAUCGUCGUCACCAUUGUGCUCAUUACUAUCAUAACUCCUGGGUUUUUGGUUGCUGGAGUUGUCAUUAGCGCUCUUUACUUCUUCGUUGGGAAAUUUUACCUUCGAUCAUCUCGAGACUUGAAGCGAAUCGAGUCUGUACAGAGAAGUCCUUUGUUCCAGCAGUUCGGAGAGACUCUGAGUGGAAUUACGACCAUUCGUGCGUACGGAGACGAAAGAAGGUUCAUCCGCGACAAUAUGACCAGAAUCAACACACACAGUCGUCCAUUUAUCUAUCUCUGGGCAGCCAACAGAUGGCUAGCAUUCAGAAUCGACGUUGUCGGGGACCUGGUGGCUUUCUUUGCAGGUGCAUUUGUUGUCUUGAGCAUCGGCAAGAUCGAUGCAGGUUCGGCUGGUCUAUCAUUGAGUUACGCAAUCAGUUUCACAGAGAAUGUUCUUUGGCUGGUUCGACUUUAUGCGAUGAAUGAACAGAACAUGAACUCAGUAGAGCGGAUUAAGGAAUACCUAGAUGUUGAACAAGAAGCUGAGGCUGUCAUUGAGAAGACCAGACCAGCUGCUAAUUGGCCAAGUCAAGGCUCAGUGGAGUUCAUAAGCUAUACGACCAGAUACCGAUCUGAUCUGGAGCCGGUGCUGAAAAAUGUCAGCUUCAAGAUCAACCCGCUUGAGAAGGUUGGCAUAGUCGGGCGAACAGGAGCUGGUAAGAGCUCCCUUGCUCUUGCCCUGUUCCGAGGCCUUGAGGCCGAGGUCGGAAAGAUUUUGAUCGACGAUGUCGAUAUUGGUAUUAUUGGUCUGCAAGACCUUCGAGAAUCCAUCACGAUCGUGCCUCAAGAUCCCACACUCUUCACUGGCACUAUCCGAAGCAAUCUUGAUCCUUUCAAUCUCUUCACAGACGAGGAUAUCUUUACCGCUCUGCGGAGAGUUCAGUUGAUCGGAGUACCGUUCUCUACCACGAAUCCGGCAACGCCGGUAACGGUUUCGCGACCUCCCACAGCAAAUGGUAUUCCAGACACCCCAACUGGGACAUCUACCCCUCCAGCAAAUAAAAACAUUUUCCUCGAUCUUUCGUCGACUGUCACAGAAUCAGGCAAUAAUCUGUCCCAGGGUCAAAGACAACUUCUUUGCUUAGCUCGUGCUCUCUUGAAGCAGCCGAAGGUCCUUAUGAUGGAUGAGGCCACAGCUUCAAUAGACUACAAUACGGACUCAAAGAUUCAGGAAACCAUACGGGAGCUCAAGAGCACCAUCAUCACCAUCGCGCAUCGUUUACAAACCAUCGUUGACUACGACAAGGUGUUGGUACUAGACAAGGGCGAGGUAGUAGAAUUUGGACAUCCCCAUGAGCUGCUCAAAAAGGACGGCAAAGACGCCAUCUUCAAGGGUAUGUGUGAGAUGAGUGGAGAUAUGGACGCUCUCCAAAAGGCAGCUAAGAAAGCUUGGGACGCGGGGAAGUUGGUGGAUGAUGAGUGA